AUGGUGUACCUGGCAGUGAGUGAGAAUGAGAUUAAGAGUGAGAAUGAGAGUGGACACUUGGAAGGGAACGCAAUCUCUACUCUGCAUGGAUGGGCGUUCUACGGACUGUCUUCCCUCUCCAUGCUAGAUCUAAGUCACCAGCGUCUCGCCAGGCUCCAUCGACAUGCAUUCCUGGGGCUCCGAAGUCUGCUCAGUCUAAACGCGUCCAACAACAGGCUUCAGAGGCUGAGCAGCGGCUCCCUCAGCGGAUUAUCCACUCUGCUGUCCUUGGACCUUCGAGACAACCAGCUGUCCGUGGUGGAGCCUCGCGUCUUCUCCUCCCUCUCCUCCCUCCAACAGCUGUGGGUAGAUGAGUUCCGUUUCUGCUGUCUGGCACGGCGGGUUCCACAGUGCUACCCGCUGCCGGACCAGUUCAGCUCCUGCGAGGACCUCAUGACCAACGGCGUGCUGCGGGUGUGUGUGUGGAUCCUCGCCUCCCUCGCCCUCUCCGGGAACUUCUUGGUCAUCGUGUGGCGACUCCUGUACGAGACUGAUAACAAGGUGCACUCGUUCCUCAUCACCAACCUGGCCCUGGGUGACCUCUGCAUGGGCCUCUACCUCCUCAUCAUCGCCGCCGUGGACGUGACUUACCGCGGCGUCUACUUUAUCUACGACGUGCAGUGGCGGAGCUCACCCCUCUGUCAGCUGGCCGGUUUCCUCUCCACCUUCUCCAGCGAGCUCUCCGUCUUCUCGCUGACUGUCAUCACGGUGGAGAGGCUGGUGGUCAUCGUGUUCCCCUUCCAAGUGCCGCGCCUCUCCAUGGCCUGGACCCGCGGCAUCAUGGGCGUGGUGUGGGCGUGCGUCACCCUCCUGGCCGCCCUGCCCCUGUCCGACAUCCCCUACUUCAGGAACUUCUACGGGCGGUCCGGCGUGUGUCUGGCGCUGCACAUCACGCACGAGAAGCCUAGCGGGUGGCAGUACUCCGUCUUCGUGUUCCUGGUCCUCAACCUCGCGUCCUUCUCCGUCAUUGCGCUGUCCUACUGGCGGAUGUACCUCGCAGCCCGAACCUCCCGCGCCGCCGUCCGCAGCGACCUGCACCGCCGCGAGUCCAUCAUGGCCCGCAAGAUGACGCUGAUCGUGGUGACGGACGCCGCGUGCUGGCUGCCCAUCAUUCUGCUCGGCGUUGUGUCCCUCGCAGGCGUCACCAUCCCGCCGCAGGUGUUCGCGUGGGUGGCGGUGUUCGUGCUGCCCCUCAACGCGGCCAUCAACCCCCUCCUGUACACGCUCAGCACGGCGCCGUUCCUCAGCAAGGCGAGACAGCGCGCGAGGGACGUGAGGACUUCCUUCAGGUGGUCGCUCUCUCGACGGGCCACAACCACCACCUCACCUCCUAUGCCAGGUGCUUUUCCACUCCUCAACUUUGCAACAGCCUCCCUGACCUCGUCAAGAGAGGGUAAACUUUCGUUGAUGUGUGGAUCAGUAUCAGGCACCUACAACUCGGCAACUGGAAGCCACCCACUCGUAGGGUCCGCCGUGUACAACUGUUCACUAAUUUUUUUCUACGUCCUGGUCUAUAGCGCCAGUGGCACCACGGUGGACGACAGGACGGUGGUGCUCCUCAGGCCCUUAGCGGUGAUCCCCCACGGCCCGCACCUCACGCCCCUCCGCCUCCUCGCCCCACCCUUCCCCACGGAGCCCUUUCCUGCCCACCGCCGCCCCCACCACCACAGCCUCCAGGCGGGCAAUGGGUGCUGCCUCGACCGCUCCCAUUCUCUUCGCGGGACGGAAUCUACAAGGUCCGGUCGGGGCAGGAGAGCUUCCCUGCCCGAAAACACCUACCCUCUUCUCUUAGGGACCGCCAGGGUGGUGCAGACGAGACACGAGCUCGUGGAGUCAGGCCCGGGGAUAAUCUCCGGCGGGCUCUCCGUGUGGGUGCCUGGAACGUCCAGACCCUCUCGGAUGAUCAGCGACUACCCUAUCGGUCAGCUAAGCUCAGGAGGCUGA